AGCACGCCUUAAAUUAGUCAAGAUACAAUGUAACCUGUGAAUCAAGCCAUACAUUGAAAUCGGAUUAGAUGUGUGUAACGGAAUAGAAAUACCACAAUCAAUUGAUAUCAGUUUACUACUAUAUAUGAAAUAUACAAUCGUUAACCACCAGAACGCCUUAGAUUCAGGAGGAAAUCAGGAAUAUUUCUUCCGGUUCCCAAGAAUGCAAAAAUAAAACGGAAGCUGAUUUGAUGUAAGUGUGAGGUCCUCUCUUACAAAGAAUUGAAAACGUUUAUGAACAAAAAUGGACACUCAUCCUCCCACUCUUGAUGUUCUACACUGGUGAACAGCAUUAUAAAGGCCCUGGUAAAGCCAUUACGGUGUGGUCCACAUAGAGAUCUCCACCACUUCAGCCGCUAGUGCCUAAGUACGGCGCUCACAGGGACUCUCCACUGGCCUUCCCUUCCCUGCACAGAGAAACAGUACUAGAGACUUCUGGCUGUGGACAGUGUCCGAGUGAAUGUUUCAUUGCUCUAAGAACCCCUCCCGCUCUUCGAGGACCUAACUUACCUACCCGUCAAGAGAACGCUCCUGCCGCUGAGUUAGCUGGUCAGGCAUUUCAUCCAGGCCCUCAGCAUCAGGACUUAGCGAGGCGGCAGCCCCCACCAGCCCCUGUGACUGGAGCUAUUCAGGGGGAGGAGGGGAAGGAGACCCCCGGCCGGUGCAACACUUUCCCUUGAGAUGAAGCUUCAAGCCGUGAUGGAGAACCUGCACAGGCAGCAGAGGGCCAAGUUGCUGAUGGAACUGGAGCAACAGCAGCUGCAGCAGGACGGCGCUCGCGGCCGGACCACCGCUGGCGUUGGGGACCAGCUGAUGGGAAGCCCCGCCCCGGAGUCAGAGCACGCCCAGAUGGCGGCCCUGGCAGCCAUGAGGGCGGUGGCGGCCGGGUUGCAGAGGGCCUCAGACAGCCCCAUGUCAGAGCGCAGCAGCGGGGGAGAGGACGAGGAAGAAGAGGAUGAUGACGAGGAGGAGGAAGGGGAACAGUACAAAGAUAUGAUGGGCUCUGAGGAAGAGGAGAUGAUAAAGCAGAAGUGGGAUGAGGAGGACUUUGAGGGGGAGAUGGAGGAGGACUAUGAGGACGAGCUGGUGGACGAGGGGCUUCCCACGGGCCGGGAGGCGCUGGCCAUGCUGCUGCCCCACCGCCAGCUGCACGCCCACUCCCAGCUGCUGAAGCAGGCCCGGCCCCGCACCGGGACCCGCCCGGACCAGGAGCCCAGAAUGGCCAUCCUCCCCCCACACGGAUCCCACAGCCAGCUGGGAGGCCAGGACCACGGAGACUGGACUUACGAAGAGCAGUUUAGACAGCUCUACGAACUAGAUGGAGACCCAAAGAGAAAAGAGUUUCUGGAUGACCUAUUCAGCUUCAUGCAAAAGAGAGGAACCCCUGUGAACAGGAUCCCCAUCAUGGCCAAGCAGGUCCUAGACCUGUACAUGCUGUACCAGCUGGUGACAGAGAAGGGAGGCCUGGUGGAGGUCAUCAACAAGAAGCUGUGGAGAGAGAUCACUAAAGGACUCAACCUGCCUACCUCAAUUACCAGUGCAGCCUUUACUCUCAGGACACAGUACAUGAAGUACCUGUAUCCAUACGAAUGUGACAAGAGGAGCCUCAGCAACCCCAACGAGCUCCAGGCAGCUAUCGACUGUAACCGACGGGAGGGCCGCCGGCAGAGCUUCGGCAACUCACUCUUCACCUACUCCCCCAAUGGGACCCCCACCAUGCUGUCCUCCCCCAAGCUUUCCAUGCAGAACAUGGGGAUGAACGUGGCCACCAACGGAGGCCACUCUCUCACUCCCAUCCAAAAAAUCAAGAAAGAAGAGGAGGGUGGCCAGCCUGUGUCCGGCUUGGGCUUCAUGUCCAGGCACCCUCUGGUUGGUAAUUCGGCGGCGGCGGUGCAGGCAGCAGCGGCCCAGUUAGCGGCUCUAGAGCAGCUGAGGGACAGACUGGAGGCAGGCGAGCCCCCGGAGAAGAAGAUUGCCCUACCUGCUGAGAAGCACCAGCGGCUGCUGCAGAGAGCGCUGCAGCACAAUCUGCUGGCCAGGACUGCCCAGAUGCCCAUGAACAUCCGCAUCAACAACCAAGAUAGCCGACAGGACUCAGCUCUCAAUCUCACAACUAAUGGCAUGAGCAGCAUCAGUAUGUCAGUGGAACUCAAUGGAGUCAUGUACACCGGUGUGCUUUUUGCUCAGGCAGCAGGGUCAGCCUCGUCAGGCCCCUCUGGAUCAUCAAGUAACAGCAAAGCCCCUGGUGGGCACGGUGGAUCCUAGUGGCUCCCCUACACACCUACCUCAUCCACCUAUCUUUGAUGCUAACUAAAGCCAAAAAUAAACCUCGUUUUCUACUUAGCCUAUGCCAAAAAAAUACAUAUAUAUGGCAAGACAAACUGAAACUCAGACCACUUGAAGUACACUCUCAGGUCCUCUCAUAUAUUCUUCCCUCUUUUGUUCUUUAGCCUAAAUAAGUUUGAAUAACCCAACAAGGAGCCAGUAUAUGAUAGAUAUUUGCACAGCCUAUGAAUAAUUUAUUUCUACAUAAAUGUACAGAUUAUCUGAGAACAAAAGAAAAAGAAUACAUUGGAAGGGUAAUGCACUGUUUAAACAUUUAACACAGCUACUGACUGACAAUGAAGCUUCUUCUCAAGAGGAAAAAUAAGUUGUUUGUAACAUUAUCAUUCUCCUCAUUGUUAUUAUUAUUAUCAUCAUCAUCACUAACAAUAUACUCAUUGCAAAAAAUAUAUAUUUAGGAUUCUAUAAAGCAGAACAUUUUACAUUUCUUGUAUUUUAAGUAGAAAAGCUUUAAAGUAUGUUAUUUCUUCAGGGUAUAACAAAGUACCAUUGUGACCUCAUGUUAUAGAAUUCCUCUUUUACGUUUGCAUGAUGCAGUCGGAAACAAAUCAAUCUUUGCUGAGAUUUUCUAUUAAUUGCUCAGACACAGGUUUUGUCUUGCAUUUUUUUCUAGUAGAAGUGAACAGGAAUUCUUAAUGCUCAUUGGGCUUUAGAAUAUGUGCAGGUUUUUCUCAGGUGUCCGCCAGAUUGCUGUGAAACAAUAACAUUGUAUUUAACUGCUAUAUGUUUCUGUCAUAGCCACACAUUAUACAAAUGUAUAUCCUGG